CCUGUCGGAAAAUCAUUCUUAACUGGAAUGUGAAAUGUCUGGAAACAGAGCAAGAUAUCAGCACCGCAGAUGUUCUGUUUUGUUCAAGGUCUGCAGUGUUUUACCUCAGGAGAAAGCGUCGGAUCUCUGUGAUUGGAUUGGACACGGCUUGACAGAUGUUUGUGCAGGAGGAAAUGUUUUAGCAGGAGAGAUCAGAUCAAUAGUUUGUUGCUGGCAGGGAGAGAUGUGAGGAGAUUUCCCCCUUAUAUCUCCACGAACAACGAAGAAAGAAGUCGGGGCGUGACUAUAAACUUUGGAAUAUACACAUGAAACGGAAUGGUAUUAUUACCAAAACGAACGAAGUCUACACAAAUUCUGGAAUGGUUUUAAAUGGUACUGUUUUCAGCCUGACCGUAGUUCUGCAAACUCUGGGUAUUGUCAUCGCAUUACACCACAUUAUCUUUAUUUGAAAAAACGUAAGUCAUAAUAUAAUUCUGAUACAAAUGCUGUUUUAUUCAUUUAUUGAUUUUACCGAGAGUCCAUAUUAAAAUUAUAUUUAUUUGCAUAGGAGACCUGACGACAUCCGACUAAACACGUUAUUCUUAGUCAUAUUAUUAGCUGUGGUAGUUUUCAAGACUGCCACUUAUCACGUCGCUGUAUUAUGCUUGUCAGUAACUAACAUACCAACAAUGUCAUAACCAGACUGCUCCUGUUUACUUAAUUUAAAUUUUGCAGCAGGUCGACUACAGUAGUUUUAGAUAUUAUCGUCGUUAUAGCCCUAAACAUCGUUGAUACACCUGGAAGAUAUUCAUAGUAAAAUCCCUGUAGAGGUUUCUAAAUGGACAUUUACUUGGCUACAUAGCUAUUCAAGAAUCAGAAAAAAAAAAAAAAAAAAAAAAAAAAAAAAAAAAAAAAAAGAAAAAAUAAAUAAAGCUGCUGUUAUGCGCAUCAUCAUCAUGGCUCCGUGCUGUAUGGGGAGGGCGGCAAUUUUGUUUUCAGUUUUGACACUGGGAGCUGCCUUUUCAGGCGUUUUCAAUUCUUCAUACAAGGAUGCAUUUACUGACUAUCUGGAUCUGUCACAACAACAAAAACUGAAUUAUUAUAAUACAAACACACAUCAGACCAGUGAUGUUUUAAACUUGCAUCCAAAUUUAUUUUUUGACGCAGGAGAAGUACAAGGCUUAAGGCAAAAAUCUAGCACUACACACAUCCAUAUUUUUAAAAUUAUCAGGAAUGCAGUGAUGGCCAUGCUUUCCACACCACAGCUGUAUCUUCCUCCAGUAAAGCAUGAAGACUUCAGUGCAAAGUGGAAUGAAAUAUAUGGGAACAAUUUGCCACCUCUUGCUUUUUAUUGCCUUCUUUGCCCAGGGGACACUGCUGCUUUUCAAUUUGCUGUGGAAUUUAUGGACAGAAUGGCAGCAUAUCCAGACUGGGGGGUCACUACUGCACCAAACGACGAGGUACCCAUCGCUCACUCUUUAACUGGGUUUGCAACAGCUUUUGAUUUUCUUUAUGCCUCACUGACCACUAGCCGUAAAGACACCUAUCUAAAGAAAAUCAGGGCUGUAACGAAAGAGAUUUAUGAGUUUUCCAAAAUCCGAGGUUGGGGAAAACAGUUAUUGCAAAAUCAUCAAGCCACCAAUAUUUUAGCAAUACUUACAGGUGCGUUAGUGACUGGAGGCCAUGAUGCUCCAGAAACAAUGCUUUGGAAACAAGCUGCUGUCAAUUGUAUGGAAAAAACGAUGUUUCUGUUAAAUCAUGUUGUAGAUGGUUCCUUGGAUGAAGGGGUGGCCUACGGCAGCUACACAGCCAAAUCAAUUACCCAGUAUGUAUUUCUAGCAAAGCGCCACUUUAGUAUAGACAACACGGAGAACAACUGGCUGAAACAGCAUUUCUGGUUUUAUUAUGCCACGCUGCUGCCUGGAUUUCAAAGGACCGUUGGCAUAGCUGACUCUAACUACAACUGGUUUUAUGGUCCGGAAAGCCAGUUGGUUUUCUUGGACACCUUUGUGCUAAAAAACGGUACUGGAAACUGGCUGGCACAGCAGAUCAGAAAGCAUCGGCCCAAAGAUGGACCCAUGGGAGAGUCAUCAUCACACAGAUUAACCACUCUUCAUACUGAGUAUAUCUGGUACAAUGCACAACUAACCCCACAGCAUCCCUAUGGCUUUGGGACAUCUAAAAUGCAUAUUUUCUCAAACUGGGGGGUUGUAACUUAUGGAGCUGGAAUGCCGAACAGUCAAGGGAAUACUUUUGUGUCUUUUAAGUCUGGAAAACUAGGAGGCCGUGCAAUUUAUGAUAUAGUUCACCUUAAACCAUAUUCAUGGAUUGAUGGAUGGAAAAGCUUUAAUCCUGGACAUGAGCAACCAGAUCAAAAUUCAUUUACAUUUGCCCCCAAUGGCCAAGUUUUUGUAUCCGAGGCUCUUUAUGGACCAAAAUAUAGCUUUUUAAACAAUGUGUUACUGUUUGCCCCAUCCCCUACAAGUCAGUGUAAUGAACCAUGGGAGGGGCAGCUUGGGGAGUGUGAAAAGUGGCUCAGAUGGAUGGAUGACAAAGUUGGAGAGGCAGCUGGAGAGGUUAUUGCAGCUUCUCACCACAAAGACAUGAUGUUUGUAAGUGGUGAAGCGGUAUCUGCGUACUCCUCAGCAAUGAAAUUAAAAAGUGUCUAUCGCGCUCUGCUUCUUCUAAACUCCCAGACACUACUCGUUAUAGAUCACAUUGAGAGGCAGAAGGAUUCUCCAGUUAACUGGGUUAGUGCCUUCUUUCACAAUCUUGACAUUGAUUUUAAAUAUGUCCCUUAUAGGUUUAUGGACAGAUUCAACGGUGCCCUAAUGGAUGUAUGGGAUGCUCACUACAAAAUGUUUUGGUUUGACCGUCAUGGCAACAGCCCUGUUGCUAGGAUACAAGAAGCUGAGCAGGCUGCUGAAUUUAAGACGCGAUGGACACAAUUUGUUAAUGUAACAUUUCAAAUGGAUAGCACAGUUACAAGAAUGGCCUAUAUAUUCCACGGACCUUAUGUUAAAUUAUCAAAUUGUAGAUUUAUUGAUGACAGCAAACAAGGGCUGAGGUUGGCUGUGAACAUUAACAAUACUGAGAAAAUUGUGUCAGUUGUGACAAACUAUCAAGACAUUAGCGCACGAUUUAGUUACCUCGGAUUUGGAGGUUAUGCCCAAGUAGAAGACUUACAUCAUGUUACAAGGUUUGGUUUAGGGACAGAUGUUGUGCUAAAGCAAAGCACAGUUAAUACAACUAUAUUCCAUUUUGGGUUAACAGUGAAUUUAAUUGCAGGAGUGAUCUUGUGUGUCGCCAUUGGAUUUAUGGCCUUACAACGUAGGUUUUAUAGUUGCUUCAAUAAAUUUUUGCGUUGUGCUCUAAUUACAGUUAUUAUCCUGUGGAUUACAGAGCUGUUGUUUGUAUCAACAUAUUGUAACCAACCCCUCUGUGGAGUGAAGUGGAUAAAGGCCUCAACAGAUACUGAUGCAAAACAGUCUUAUUCACAGUUUUUCUAUUUGCCAACUGUUGUAAUUACAUCACUUCCUGGUUCUGGAGCAGAAAUGUUAAAGCACCUGUUUUACAACAGCUCUGAUUUUAUUUAUAUAAGAAUCCCUACUGAGCAUAUGGACAUUCCUGAGACAGAAUUUGAAUUUGACUCAUUUGUGGAUGCUUGUGAGUGGACAAAAUCUGAUGUUAAGAGUGGCCGUUUUAAAAUGAUACAGGGCUGGUUUCAUUCUAUUUGCCAUAACACAAAACUGCACCUGCAAAAUAUUCAGUUGAACGAGGUAAGAGGAAGUAGACUUUCUCAGAGAACCACUGUUGUCAAAGAUAAGAGUAAAAAGAUACGAAGAAAGGAGCCUUUGGCUGAACACAGAAGCAGGGUGAAAAGAAGUCUGGACCGGGAUGCAGAGUAUAUUAGAGAACUGAGAAGGCAUCUUUCUGCUCAUCAAAGUGCCCGUGUUGUAGUUAGUUUAAAUAGUGGAAGCUGGACUUUGAAGCUUCCUUUUAUUCAGGAAGUUAUAGGGCCCUCUACAAAGGCCUUAUAUGUUAUAAGAGACCCCCGUGCAUGGAUUUAUUUAAUGCUGUAUAACAGCAAACCAAGUCUUUAUUCUUUAAGAAAUAUUCACCAACAUUUAUCUAUGGCCUUUAAAGAGGAAGACAACAAUGACAAAUGCAACUCUAAUUCAAGAUAUGCCCCUGAAUAUGAGUCAUUGCGCAGACUAUUGUCCAGCUCAGAAUCUAAUGCAGUUUCAUUGUUAGCUCACUUGUGGCUCGCUAACACAGCUGCAUCUCUUCGAAUAAACCAGGACUUAUCAACCGUGAAUUAUCUCCUGAUAAAGUUUGAAGAUAUUGUGCAGUUUCCACAAGAAACAGCAGAGGAGAUUCAUGUUUUUCUGGGUGUUCCUUUAGCUCCUGCUCGUUUAAAUGAAAUCAUUUUCACUACUUCAACAAACUUGUUCAACCUCCCCUAUGAAGGGGACAUAUCACCCACUAACAUAAACAUUUGGAAACAAAACAUGCCCAGAAAGGAUAUCAGAGUAAUUGAAGACAUAUGUUGGUCUGUUAUGAAUCAGUUGGGGUAUGCAAAGUUUACCAAUUAAUUGCUGCAGGUCAGCUGUUUUUUGCACUAAUUAACUUAAUUUAAGUAAAGUACAACUAUAACCACUUGUUAAAGUGGAAAGGGAUAACAAACUUUAACUGAUACUGAAAAACAGUUUGUUGGGUUCAUGUUUACUGUAUGUUAGUUGAUUAACUCCUGAUGUAAAACAGUGUAUUGUGUAAGGGACAAAGUAAUAUUUUAUAUACAAAUAACACUGUUUUGGGCAUAGGCUAGUCACCUUAUGUCUGUUAAAGAUAUAGGGAAUAGGUUCAUGUGGUGCAUAUGGUUUUAAGUUUUAAUUUAAAAAAAAUAAAAAUAAUAAUUAAAACGUGGACGUUAUUUUUACUGUAAAGUUGGAAUAUGAUGUAAAAUAUUGGUGCAUUUUUUAAAACAUAUUUUAACAAGUGGACAGAAAAUCAGAGCAGAGUAUACAAGUGUUUGUAUGUGUUUAAGGGUUACUGAUUGGUUACUGAUUGUUCUUUAACUUUGAAUAUUUUGGUAUUUAAUUUCAUUUUUUACAUUAUUCAGGAUCUGCAAAUAUUUCAAAUGAAACACUAGAUAUUAAACAUGUUGCAUCCCUGUACCUUUACUGUAGGUCACAUGGUCUGAUUUCUGCGAGACAGUAGGAGUGAGUUUGAACUACAAUGUAUGAAGCAAUUGGGUUCCACAGCAGCAGCAUUUUAACUAUAGCAUUGGCUUUGAAAUAUUUGCAUAUUCCUAAGCAAAAAAAAAACAAAAUGUCUUGAUGGGACCAGUGAUACUAUUGCAGGGUUUGUCAACCUUUUUUGAAUAUAGUCACACCUUCCAUACAAUAGCGACAGUUAUAAAUUGAAUAUCAGAAAUUAGCCAAAUACAGAGACGUAUUCACACAAAUUCCAGUACAUAUUAUCCUGUGUAUAGAUGUCAUUCCAAUGCCCAAUAAUCUAAACAAAAAAAAAAAAGUACUUUUUGUAAAAUGUCUUUCUUUAAAUUUUCAUGACCUUUACACUAGUUUCUCAGAAGAACAUAUUACCAAAAUUGUUAUAAUCGUAAAAACACAAAUCCUUCUCCAGCUGCAAUUUUGUUUUCAAUAAUAGUCUAACCACAACACAGCACCUGUAGACCUACACACACUAUUCAGGGACUGUGGCAGUUGAUUUUGGACUGAACCAUUAUUCAAAGGCUGUAGCAGUGAUUUGGACUGAACCAUUUCACCCCAGGGAAGGAGUGAUACAAGUUUGUGUUUUACAAAAAUAAAACUAUUUUUCAUUUUAAAG